AUGGUGACGAAGGAAAUCAAACCAGAAAAGUUCAUAGGAACUCAACUCAGAUUGAAGUUGACUGAUUUGAGAGUUCUCGAUGGUGUUUUGACUGUUGUUGAUCCAUUUGGAAAUCUUUUACUCUCAAACGUCUUCGAACUAUCGGAAGAUAGAUUAGACCGUACGAACUUGCAUAAGAGGGAAUUGGGCUUGGUGAGUGUGCCUAGAGACACUAUAACAAAUGUGCUUGUCGACCGCAGGACACACAAGUCUCUUUUAGGGCCCUAA